AUGACUUCUAUUCGACAAUUUAGACUAACUGACCUGCUAAGAAUCAACAAUGUAAAUUUGGAUAUUUUCACAGAAAACUAUGGCCUUUCAUUCUACCUACAUUACUUAGCUCGUUGGCCAGAAUGUUUUUUUGUUGCUGUCAAUCCUGCUCAGCGGUUGAUGGGCUAUAUUAUGGGAAAGAUUGAAGGUAAACAAGAGAACUAUCAUGGUCAUGUUACGGCUCUAUCGGUCGCGCCUGAAUUUCGUCGUAUCGGCGUCUCAUCACAGUUGAUGGCGUUGUUAGAAAAUGUUUCUGAACAAAAGAAAACGUAUUUCGUCGAUUUAUUUGUACGCGUUUCCAAUAAACGUGCAGUUGAUAUGUAUCAUAAAUUAAACUAUGUGGUUUAUCGGCGAAUCAUUGGUUAUUACUCAGGAGAACGAGAUGAAGAUGCAUUCGAUAUGCGCAAGGCUCUGUCGCGUGAUGUCGACAAAAAGUCAUUGAUACCAAUUCCGCAUCCCGUCCGACCUGAAGAUCUCGUUGAUGAUUAA